GCUCCCGGCAGCGCGGUCCUCCGGGCCGCUCUAGCCGCCCUUCUCGCCUGCUCUGGCGGGCGGCGGGCGCGCCCGCGGGGUCCCUCCAAGAUGGCGGCGCAGAGGAGGAGCCUGUUGCAGAGUGAGCAGCAGCCAAGCUGGACAGACGACCUGCCGCUCUGCCACCUCUCCGGGGUGGGCUCGGCCUCCAACCGAAGCUACUCGGCUGAUGGCAAGGGCACCGAGAGCCACCCGCCGGAGGACAGCUGGCUCAAGUUCAGGAGUGAGAACAACUGCUUCCUGUACGGGGUCUUCAACGGCUACGACGGCAACCGGGUGACCAGCUUCGUGGCCCAGCGCCUGUCCGCCGAGCUCCUGCUGGGCCAGCUCAACGCCGAGCACACGGAGGCCGACGUGCGCCGCGUGCUGCUGCAGGCCUUCGACGUGGUGGAGAGGAGCUUCCUGGAGUCCAUCGACGAUGCUCUGGCCGAGAAGGCGAGCCUGCAGUCCCAGCUGCCAGAGGGGGUCCCCCAACACCAGCUGCCUCCUCAGUAUCAGAAGAUCCUCGAAAGACUCAAGGUGCUGGAGAGGGAGAUUUCCGGAGGAGCCAUGGCGGUCGUGGCUGUCCUUCUCAACAACAAGCUCUACGUCGCCAACGUCGGUACGAACCGUGCACUGCUAUGCAAAUCCACGGUGGACGGGCUGCAGGUGACACAGCUGAACGUGGACCACACCACGGAGAACGAGGACGAGCUCUUCCGCCUCUCCCAGCUGGGUUUGGACGCAGGAAAGAUCAAGCAAGUGGGGAUCAUCUGUGGGCAGGAGAGCACCAGGCGCAUUGGAGAUUACAAGGUCAAAUAUGGCUACACUGACAUCGACCUGCUCAGCGCUGCCAAGUCCAAGCCCAUCAUCGCGGAGCCCGAAAUCCACGGCGCACAGCCCCUGGACGGGGUGACGGGCUUCCUGGUGCUGAUGUCCGAGGGGCUGUACAAGGCCCUGGAGGCGGCCCACGGGCCUGGGCAGGCCAACCAGGAAAUCGCCGCAAUGAUCGACACCGAGUUCGCCAAGCAGACCUCCCUGGACGCGGUGGCCCAGGCCGUGGUAGACCGGGUGAAGCGGAUCCACGGCGACACCUUCGCUAGUGGCGGCGAGCGUGCCAAGUUCUGCCCGAGGCACGAGGACAUGACCCUGCUGGUGAGGAACUUCGGCUACCCGCUGGGCGAGAUGAGCCAGCCCGCAGCAUCCCCGGCUCCAGCCGCAGGAGGACGUGUGUACCCCGUAUCCGUGCCUUACUCCAGCGCCCAGAGCACCAGCAAGACCAGCGUGACCCUCUCCCUCGUCAUGCCCUCGCAGGGCCAGCUGGUCAAUGGGGCCCACAGCGCUUCCACCCUGGACGAAGCCACUCCCACCCUCACCAACCAGAGCCCGACCCUGACCCUGCAGUCCACCAACACGCACACCCAGAGCAGCAGCUCCAGCUCGGACGGGGGCCUCUUCCGCUCGCGGCCCGCCCACUCGCUCCCGCCCGGCGAGGACGGCCGCGUGGAGCCCUACGUGGACUUCGCCGAGUUCUACCGCCUCUGGAGCGUGGACCACGGCGAGCAGAGCGUGGUGACGGCGCCGUAGCCUCGGCGCCGAGGGCAGUCUGAGCAGGACCUCCGUGAGGCCCGGGGCCGCCGCUGGCCGGAGGGGCCUUGCCCACCAGCUGCCUGUGCCGCGGGGGCCAGCGGAGCCAGGCCCAGCCAGUGCCGACGGACCCCUCGGAUGUGCCGCGGCAGGCAGCCUCCGCCGGGACCGUGGCGUUGCCCAGAACAAGAGGUGCCAGUGCGGAAGCCGGGCUGGCCGGGAGCCCCGUGGGCAGGUUCUCCUGGGACCCCAGCAGCCACUUUCUCCAGGCCACGCUUCCCGCCGCCUCCCCCGGGAGAGCCUGUGGGGGGACAGUGUCCCCCGCCCAGUGGCGGGUGGUUCGCCCGUUCUUCUCCGGCUCCACAGAAGCCCGUGGACAUCUGCGUCCUCGGAGCCGGCACCGUCCCUGCCCCUUCCCCGGCCCCGCCCGGCUGUGCUCCGUGGGAACGUUCAGGGAGACCAGGAGGCGCUGGGGGCCUGGGGUGGCUGCAGCGGGCAGGUCAGCGGGACAGGAACCGGAGGUAACUGGCCCUGGAGUCCUCCAAAGGGGGGGCGGGCUGGCGGGCGUCCCCAGAGACGGGGCCCGGGCCCAGCGAGGACUGCGGCCUCUUGUCAGGCCCUCCAGGAGGGGAGGCCCAAACCGGGGCGAGCAACUCCACUUCGCUCUUCCCUUCCCGGAGCUGGGAGGCCGGGUGAGGAGCCAUGAAGACCAGCGGCCGCGACCACCGACCACGUCCCUGUGCUCCGCAGCGAUGAACAGAUGCAUGGAGAGGGAGCGGGGGAAGGGGUUCUGAAAGGGAAGCGGGUCUGUGAGCGCUGCUCUGUGGAGGGAGGCCCAGUGGGCACGCUUUACAGGGGCAGGCAGGCGGGCCCAGGCAUCAGGCCCGAGAUGGACCCCUCGGUGCUCGCUGCCCUCGGGGCGGGGACUGCACUCCUGUGUCCACGGAGAAGCAAGCCCAGGGACCCACAACGUGCCCGUCACGUGUCUGCGGUGGAGAAGUCAGACCUGCCAGUCCCCGGGCCCGUGGGUCCCACCCCCCAGCCCCGCAGCGCCUGGCACCAUGUGUGGCCUCCAUGCACUUGGACUCAGAAAAGUCGAAGGCCGACAACUCGGCCCUGCUGGGUCUGUGGUCCCGGACGGUGGGUCCGAGGGAAGCAGGGGGUGCCUCUGGGCGGAGCGCCCACCCCACCACAAAGCCGCCUGUUCUCGGGUGGACGGUGUAACGUCAGUCACAGGCCGGG